UUGCUCCUAUCCCAUAUCUCCGUGCACCGCGCGAUGCAGCUCUGCGGGACGGCGGUGCUACUCGCCUCGGCCCUGGCGUCCUGCCGCGCAUUCACAGGGGUCCGCCCGCUAGUUGUGCCGCGAGCGCCGGCGGCGCAUGCACGAUUGAGACAUGUGUCGUCCUCGUCCGAUCAUCCCCUGGGCAGCGGCAGCGCUCGUGCAAGAGCAACAGGACCAGCACCGAAUGUUGUCCGCUUCUCGUCUCCUUUCGAGGACGUCGAGCACGGUGACAACGACGACGAGGUCGACAUGAUGCAGCGCGAGGCGGAGCAGUUGGAGGCCAUGAUCCGGGGCAGCCGCGGCAUCGUUGUUGAGGCGAUCGAGCGGGAGUGGAGAGAGGAGAUGCUGAGGGUGCUUGGCGAAGAGGGGGAAAUGCUGUGCUCGCUAGCUUACGAGGGGUACCUUGAUCGAGGGCGCGGGGUCAUCUUUGUGAACGUGGACAUGGGGCUCAGCAGCAGCAACAAGGGCCAUGACGGGGCCCCCUGCCACUCGGUGUUCUGUUCCCUGGAGGAAGUAGUGACGGAGCGCUCGUCAAGGGUAAAACCGGCCGACCAGAUGCAGAUCAUACGGCGCUGCCAGGAGUACGAUCCGGAGGCGGGCUUCGUCUUAGUGUUUGGGUACAAGGGGAUGCUCGGGGUACAAGUAAUACGACCAUCGAUGGCGCCGGGGGAGGUUUUCCGAAGUCGCCGGACGUGAGAGAGCGGGUGAAGUGGCGCAGCUCUUGUGAUCACCGUUGAACGCCUUGCAGCAUGUUUAUUUUGCCACCCCACGGAUUUGUUUUAGAGCAAUCUACGUCGUCGUUAUCUUCGCCGUUGGCAGUGCAUUUAGCUCUGUAUUUGCUGCGAGCAAGAAUGCCUGUCAUUGCG